CAGCGGCACACGGCGAUGCGGCUCCCCGGCGGGACGCCGCCAGCCCGGUUCUUCCUCGCCCUCUGCGUCUGGAGGCUGGUGCCGCGCCGGGACGCCGCAGGAACAGAGGAAGUGGUCUUUGGGAAGGUUGGAGGAAGCAUCCUCCUUUUAUGCCGAAAUGUCUCUAAAGAAGCAACCGAGGUGGUCUGGUUUCAAGGGGAUCCGCACUCUUUCCCCCCACUCUUCUCCUCAAGGGUCGCCUUCCCCCCGGACGUUCGUUUCUCCCUGGUUGACAACAGCUCUCUGCGCAUCACAGAGCUGCGUGUGCAGGACGAAGGCAACUACACUUGCAAGGAAGUGCUGAACAAGACGGACCACGAGCACAGGGUCCAGCUCCUGGUAGCCAAUCCACCACAGUCAACCCCGAAGUGCUGGGCAGAGACUUCCUCAUCGGGGCUGAUGCUGCAGCUGUUUUGCAGCUGGCCUGGGGGGUAUCCCCACCCCACCCUGCACUGGAGAGAAGAGGGGCACGAUCUGGAGAACUCAAGCUGGGUCAUCAGCUCCACGAGCACCUCGGACACCCAUGUGGAAACGCUGAACAGCUCCCACCUCUCCCACCGCAAAGUGUUCAAGUGUGUCGGGAGCCAUGUCGUCAAGCAGGAGGAGCCUGCGUGUACUGUGGAGAUAAAAAUCCCUUCACUGGAAUCGGAGCCCCCGAAGACCUGCUUUGUGGGUGACAAUGUGACCCUGACAUGCCACGUGACCGAGAGCACGCCGGCAGCGAGGCUCACCUGGCUGCGGGGUGUCACCCAGCCAGAGGUGGAGAUCCAACCUGGAGGGAGGUACCUCAUCGCCCAGGAGGGCAACGUGUCCCGGCUCACCAUCCGGAACUGCUCCCAGGGCACCGACGGGGGCUGUUACAUCUGCAAGGCACAGAACCCCGUGGGGCUGAGGGAGCUGUUCGUCUGCCUGACGGUGAAGCAGCCGGUGAACAUCGUUGGGGUCGUGGGUGCAGUGGUGGUCCUGUCCCUGCUGGCAAUUCUCACUGUCACCGGGGUUGUCUUGUACUACAAUCCCCUCCUGUGCCUGAGAGGUGCUGCAUUCAGGAAUCAGGACUCGGGUGAUGUCUUAGUGCUAGUGGACUCGGAAGAUGACGAUGAGGGCAAAGGGGAAGAGGAGACCAUGAGCAGCUCCACCAAGCACGAGGCAAUGGCACUGGUCAAUGGGAACAGCAUCCAGGCUGCUUACUUCAACUGCCUUACGGAAGGUGAUGACGGCGAGCAGCACGGCGAGGUCUCUCCGCAGGAAAUGAGGGAAGAAGAGACGCGAGGCACAUAGUUUCCAUCCCUUCUUGCAGAAGCACACAGAGCUCCGGCUGGACGCCCAACGUCAAGCACGUCCUCGUUGCCGUGUGGCUGAGCACAGGCCGUUAGUGUCCUGCAGCAGGCUGGUUUGGUCAGAGCAUCCCCAAUUCUUUCUCCACUCACCCCUUUCCCAGCUUUCACUCCAUCCUUCCCCAGCCAUGUUUCUCCAUUUCUUCUCUCCUCUUUUUGUGUUCCUCUUUGUCUCAGGUGUUCUUUUUAACAAGGUGGCACCCGGCACAGGCAGAGCUCAGGAAGUGGGUCCCAGUAACCUGCUCAUCUUGAUGCCUGUGGCAGACUCGAAUAUCAGUAGGGGAUUCUGGCUCAGUCACCAUCAGCAGUGCUGGGGUUGCGGGCAGUGCGAUGGAGAAAGUCACCGUGGGGCUGCAGUGGUCCCGGGAUAACGGAAGAAACAACUGGUGCACGGGCAGGACAUGGGUGGUGCUGAGUCUAGGAAGGCUUAAUUGGU